AUGACAGGUUGCGCCACGGUCGCUUUCAUCAGCUCCAUGGACUCAGGGAACAUGGCCAGAAUAGCAUUCUUGCAAUUCUUCACCGUCAGAGGCCUGCCACGAUUGAUCCUCAUCGACAAAGGCAGCAAAAACAAAGAUCAAUUUACACCCCUAUGCGACACGAUUGGAAUCGCAUACCACACAGUCAGUCCGGAAAACCACGACGGAAUACUAUGUGAAAGAUUCCACAAAUACCUCAACAAGGUGCAACGAAUCGGAGCAGCCGACAUGAACACAUACAAAGAAUGGGCAAUGAACACCAUGUUUGGAACAUACGCAUGGAAUGCAGCCCCAGUAGAUGGCACGGAUAUCCAACGAUCAUUCGCCGCAGUGGCACGACACUUCAAAUUCCCACUCGACAACGCAGCAGCGGCAUUGUCAAUAUUGGAGGCGCGUCAGAAAAACAGGACACGACACCAGCAAACGCCAGGACAGAACACACUAGAGCACAUCGAGACAAUGUUCUCACUCUUCUGGAGACAAAAGGAACUGCUUAAACUUCUCAAUGAGGAACAAAGGGAACACCACCGAAUGCUCAAGAAUCAAACCAGAACGCGACGGAAAUUUGAAAUUGGAGACAUUGUUAUGGUGCGGAAACAUAAAACUCAAAAAUCAAAAAUCAAAAACUAA